ACAAAAUGUCAGUUGAUAAAAAUAUUUAGAGGUUGUGUUUGUGACCGCUGAAUCGCAGUAAAAUAUUAACAAUUACUAUCGAUUUCCGUUUAAAAAUAGCUUGAACGCUAUUGAGAUAUACCAUCAAGUUGUUAUUUUACUAAAUAACAAUGAACAACUCCGCUGCAAAAGUGAGUGAAAUAUUUCGUGAAGCGGGUACCGCAUUCAACAAGCUAGCUGAAAUGACGAAGCUAUUACAUCCGAUGGGGGACUCUCAGCCUGGUGGGAAGUGGACGGACGACGAGAUUGAGAUGCUACGGUCUUGCGUGCAUCGCUUUGCCGUUGAUCUGAACAGUUUGAGCCAGCAUAUCAAAGGUCGUACGGUCAACCAAAUACGCACUACGUUGAAGAAGAAGGCGUUUGAGGAUGCGAGUAUUCCUGUGAGGCAAGUUACUCUGAACAUGUUAAAUGCUUCUGAGAACGAGGUUGAUGUCGACGGGCUGAACGAUGACGUCAAGCUGGAGUUCGAGUCGACAAAUGAUGAAGUGGCUACCUGAUGUGAUAUGUUUAGUUUUCCCUAAGUUUGCUGUGUCCCGCCACAACAAAGUUAGGCAAAGCUAAAGUAACAGUGAAAGUGAAGGAGUACACUCUAGGUUUAGUUUCUCGUGCAUAUUGUUAAGAUUAUAUUUGUAAUUUGUCAUUGUUAUUAUUAAAUUGAGUUAACUUUAUUAUAGAGGAUUGUUUCUUUAUGUUGUAUGGUAUUUGUUUAAGGUUAGAGGUACUGUAACUCGUAAUGUUAUAACAUAUCGAGUUAUAGUUAACAUAUUAACGUAAUUAAGAGAUUAUCUAAGUAAAAAAUGAGGAAUAAACUCACAUUUAUGCAUCAAAGCAAAUUUUGAAGUAGUUUGGCUUUGAUGAAUUGUAUAACAUUGUAGUUACGGCAGCUAGAGCAUACAAGUUGUCCAACACUCAAUUGUAUAACUACGGACUUACGUGUCUGUGAGCAUAACUUCAUAAUAAUCUGGAUGUGUAUACAAAUACAGCAUAUAUCUACAAGUUCUAAAAUGGUGAUUGUUAUUACCUAUCAUAUUUACACCAAUAACAUGGAACUACCUACAUACAUUAUUUCUGAAGAUCAAAUUCUUCAUAAUACAAUUUUGAUUAUUCCUAAUACAAAUUCUUAAUAAAACCUCUUAUAUGAGACAAUAGAAAAUAUAUUGUCUCGUAUAGAUCUAUGUUCCAGCAUACCACGGGUUAAUUUUGAAAGCUAUUGCCACAAUUACAGAUGAGUCUCGGGACACUCAUUCUAAAAUGAUUCAAUACCUACAUUACUAACCACUGGUAUGAUGGAGCAUAGAUCUAUGCAAGACACAAUGCGUUUUUUUAUUUUAUCUCAUAUAUCGCAGACAAGAGGUUAAAAAACAUUGUCUAUCAUUUACACAGUAAUAUUAUUAUCAAAUUGUAUAGAAACAAUGUUUGUCCUAGAUGUUUGUUUAGAUUUAAUAUGUCUACCAAUUAGAAUAAUAAAUAAUAACAAAACACCUUAGAAUAAGCAGUUUUGUACACCGAGUUGAAGUGUUUAAGCGCAUUCACAAUGCAAAAUAAAGUUACACUUGAAUUGCA